CACAACGCAACAGCCAAAGCAACCUUCCACAAAUACCACAAACAAUCACACUUUGUCCAAUCGUACCUGACGAUACCCCAUCACCAUCAUGUCUGGCACAUACAAGCCCACUGAGCACGGCGGUCUCCGCGAGGACGGCCAGCCGGACAAGCGCGUCGGCACCGGCGAGUUCGCCCACGGCAAGGUCGACCCCCAUGAGGCUGGCAAGGAGGGCGGCCGCACCAGCGGCGUUGGUAGCAGCGACGACAGUGGUAACUCCGGCUCCGGCAACAGCGGCGGCAGCGCCAAGGGCCAGUUUGCCCACGGCAAGGUUGACCCCCACGAGGCAGGCAAGAAGGGUGGCCGCACCACUGGCGAUGACAACUAAGGCAUGACAAACGUGUCCGUUAGGUAGACCGCAAAUUAUCCAUGAGCUCACGGGAAUUUGUGAGACUCUGUAGAGAUGAAUCCAACUCAAUGGCUGAG